GUCUCAUCUUGUCUGAAGGAAAAAGCCCCUUCGGUCUGAGUCCUUCAGUCUGCUCUGAUUUGGUUGUGUCAGACAUUUAGGAUGACCCAUCAGUUUCCUCCUCUCACCACUGAGCAAAAGAAGGAGCUACAUGAGAUAGCUCUACGCAUAGUGUCACCAGGGAAAGGCAUCCUAGCUGCAGACGAAUCCAUAGGCAGCAUGGGGAAGCGUUUGAACCAGAUAGGAGUAGAGAACAACGAGGAGAACCGCCGUCUCUACCGACAGGUGCUCUUCACUGCUGAUGACCGCAUUGAUAACUGCAUCGGCGGAGUGAUCUUCUUCCACGAAACACUCUACCAGAACUCUGAUGAUGGAGUCCCAUUCGUCAAGAUGAUAAAGGACAAGGGUAUCACUAUCGGAAUCAAGGUUGACAAAGGAGUAGUCCCCAUGCCAGGGACUAAUGGAGAAACCACUACACAAGGGAAGUUUCUGAGGAUGUGA